AGAACAGAAGAAGCAUCUGGGAGCAUCUGAAAAGAACGCUUGAAGUCUAACUGUUCAUCAAGAAAUUAAGCAACAAAAAUGACUGGAGCUGCAGUGUCCAUGUGCCUACUUUUUCUCUUGUCUGUAUGUUCAGCGUGUUACAUCUCUAACUGUCCUAUCGGUGGGAAAAGGUCCAUCAUGGAUGCACCACAGCGCAAGUGCAUGUCGUGUGGCCCCGGAGACAGGGGCCGCUGCUUUGGCCCCAGUAUCUGCUGCGGGGAGGGCCUUGGUUGCCUGCUGGGCACCCCAGAAACAGCCCACUGUGUAGAGGAGAACUACCUGCUCACCCCCUGCCAGGCCGGAGGAAGACCCUGUGGAUCAGAGGGAGGACACUGCGCUGCUUCAGGACUCUGCUGUGAUGCAGAAAGCUGCGCCACAGACCAAUCCUGCCUCAUCGAGGAGGAAGGUGACGACCAAAUCAGCCAAUUCGAAGGCAGCGACCCUGGUGACAUCAUCCUCAGGCUCCUGCAUCUGGCUGGUCACACUUCUCAUCGAAUUCACCAAUGAGGUGCUCUUGAGACCAAGGUCUUGUGGGAAAGUCUUGAGCUGUAGAGAUUUAAUGGGACUUGUAGUUGUAGUUGUAUUUCUUUGUUUGUCAUUAUCACUCUGAUUUUGCUCUUUCCUCUGGAGUACUUCUGUAGAGUGCCUUUGUCAAUAUAUUUUUAUGUAUGAAAAUUAGGAUGAGUACUGACAGUGGUCAUCCAGAUAACUGCAUGUUGAAAUAAAGUUUUGAGAGA